AUGUCCACCAUCAAACAGUCUAUGGUGGACGUCGAGACAGUCAACGCUGUCAACGACGCCGCAUUCGUCAACAUUCAAGAUGCUGCCAAAGCUACGCAGCGAGAACACGAGAUGGGCUUUCUCAAGUCCUUGAAAACGUACCGCAAGGGUGUUUUCUGGUCCGUCGUGCUAUCCACAGCCAUUAUCAUGGAAGGCUUCGACUUGAUUCUCUUGGGCAGUCUCAUUGGAUAUCCCUCCUUUACCCAAAGAUUCGGAACCCUCCAGCAGGACGGGACUUAUGAACUUACAGCCGCGUGGCAGACGGCUCUCACAAUGGGUUCACUUGUUGGACAAAUCAUUGGUCUCUUCGUGAGCGGCUACGUCGCUGAUCGGAUCGGAUAUCGAAAGACUAUGAUGGGAGGACUGGUCAUGAUUGCUGGACUGAUCUUCAUCCCCUUUUUCGCCUAUAACAUUGCCAUGUUCAUGUGCGGGCAGAUUCUGCUUGGUAUGCCAUUUGGCUGCUUCCAGUCCCUCGCCUGCACAUACGCUGCUGAAGUGGUUCCGACCCAACUCAGAGCCUACCUCACCACCUAUGUCAACCUUUGCUGGGUCAUUGGCCAGAUUAUUGCCUCGGGUAUCCUGCGUGGUCUCGUCAAUCGUCAUGACGUCUGGGGUUACAAGAUUCCCGUCGCCCUCCAAUGGUUCUGGCCCGUCCCGCUUUUCGUUGGAAUCUUCUUCAUCCCCGAGUCGCCCUGGUGGCUGGUACGACAUGGACGCAUCGAAGACGCCAAGCGCUCCCUCGCUCGUCUGUGCACCCGCGAUGCCGAUGCUGCGCAUAACAUUGAGGAAACGGUAGCCAUGAUCAUCUACACCGAUGAACACAACAAGGCCGUCUCUGAGGGCACAACGUAUUUCGAUUGCUUCAAGGGCAUCGAUCUCCGCCGAACCGAGAUUGUUUGCAUGUGCUGGGCGAUUCAGGUCUUGUCUGGAUCACCUUUGAUGGGUUAUUCGAGUUACUUCUACCAGCAGGCAGGCCUUGCCGUCAGCAAUGCCUUCACCAUGACCAUCGGACAGUUCUGUCUGGGCGGUGUCGGCACUGUGUGCUCCUGGUUCCUUAUGAGCCGUGCUGGCCGCCGCACCAUCUACCUUGUCGGCCAAGCCAGCAUGACUGUUGCGUUGUUGGCAAUUGGUUUUACUUCUCUUGCUGGCAAGUCUAAUGUCGGUGCCCAGUGGGCCAUUGGGUCGCUUCUCUUGGUUUAUACCUUCAUCUAUGACUGCACCGUGGGACCAGUCUGCUACACGUUGGUCUCGGAGCUCCCAUCCAAUCGCCUCCGUACCAAGUCCGUGGUCCUGGCAAGGAACUUCUACAACCUGAUCAGUAUUGUGGCCACUAUCAUCACGCCUAACAUGUUGAACCCGACAGCUUGGAACUGGGGUGCAAAGGCGGGCUUCUUCUGGGCGGGUACCUGCUUCUUGACCAUGGUUUGGGCAUACUUCAGACUGCCAGAACCCAUGGGUCGCACCUUUGCUGAACUGGAUGUGCUCUUUGAGGCUAAGACUCCUGCGAGAAAGUUUGCUUCGGCUUCUGUCGAUGAGCUGAACCCAGAGGUUCUUGACAAAAAGGUGGCCACGGAACACGUCGAGAGUGUACACAAGUCGCUCGACUAA